AAAGCAUACCAUCUCCUCUCCUCUCUCUACUUUCAUCUCAUGGCUGCUCCGGCUCUCAAGUUCGCCGCCGUCAUGCUCCUGGCCGCCCUCUGCGCGGCGGCGCUGGCCCCGGCCACGUCGGGACAGCCGACGGACGCGCUAGCAACGUGCAUCGGGCGCUGCGGGUGUGUGCCCUGCCCGAAAGGGAAGGUCUGCAUCGCUAUUUGCACUCCCCCGCCGCCCUGCGCGGCCAGAUGCCGCUGCACCUAUUCCGGCACGGGCUGCUAGGCGGCUGAGACCCACGGCACCGUCCGUCAGGAAGCCUGGCAGCGCAAGCGCUGAAGGCAGGAGCUAGCUCAUACGUUCUACUGUGUAUUGUAUUUUUUUUUGAACUUUUCUACUGUGUAUUGUACGUCCUGUAUGUCCAUGCAUGGAUGCAUGUUUCAUGGGUGCGUCUGUGUGCUGUGAUGUGGUAAUAAAGUGUACACGGAUCGAUCCGUGAGACAAAAAUAAAUAAAUAGAAAUGUCAUUUUGGUUUGACAGUGUA